AUGGACAGAAGCCAGGCGGGCGGCAGCGUGUGGCCGCUCCCGGCCCUGCUCCUGCUCCUGCUGGCGGUCCCAGGCGGCCUGCCCAUCCAGGGCCCGUGGGGCGUGAGCGGCCCAGUGGGGGGGCUGGUGACCAUCAGGUGUCACUACGGCUCGGGGUGGGAGACCUACGUGAAGUGGUGGUGCCGUGGGCAGCACUGGCGCUCCUGCGACAUCCUGGUUCGCACCACCGGGUCUGAGGAGAAGGUGAGAAGAGGCCGAGUGACCAUCCAGGACGACCAGGGCCAGCGCGCCGUGAACGUAACCAUCGAGGAGCUGAGGCCCGAGGACGAGGACAUCUACUGGUGUGGGGUCGAGAGGAGGGGGACCGACCUGGGGCACCAGGUGCGCGUGUCCGUGUACUCAGUGACCACGGAAGCCACCACGGAAGCCACCACUCUGACAGACACACCUGCACCCACAAGAGCAGACACCCCAGAAGCUAACACCAUGGACGCACCCCCCAGUGUGGAUCCCGAGCCCCCCGCCACCCUGAGUGCCAACGGCAGCAGCCUGACCGUGCACGACCUCCUCACCCGGGCCCUGGGCUGCAACAUGCACUUCCUGGUCUUGACCUUGGUGAAGGUGCCCCUGCUUGGGGGCCUGCUGUGCACCGUGAUGUGGCUGAGCAGGAGUCGGGGGGACCCCAAGCGGGAGUGAAGGCAGCCCGAGCAGGAGACCCCAGCUCCACGCCCUCUGCGCUGGGCCAGGCUCAGACCGGACCUGCUAC